AUGCGCUCAUUGAUUCCGACAUGCCUGCUGCUCACAGUCACUAACUUCGUCUAUGCUGUCUGGCCCGAGCCCAACCACUAUCAGAAAGGAAACAACGUGGUGUGGCUAUCACCGACGGUCCGCUUUACCUACCACCGUGGGGAUCUCAUUGUCCAUGGUGAAGGUGGGAGCUACUCGGCCGCGCUGCCACAACUUGGACGCUUCACUGAGUUCCUACAACCACAAUGGCUCCUGAACGGCAAUUAUCACCAAACUUCUGCGGAGUCGGUCGAUGAGAUUCUGAAAAAGGCCAUCAAACGUACCCGAAAGCAUCUUUUAAACACUAGGUUUGUGCCUUGGAAGUUCCACCCCCGGAACGAAUCCUUUGAGCCACCUACUCUGAGUCAAACCGAAGCGACACUAAAGGAGGUUGUAAUUCGCGAAAGGGAAUCAGACGUUGAAUCAUUAGGCUAUGACUAUAUUCAUGGAGAUGAAAGCUACCAGAUCAAGAUCUCGAAGAAAGGCAAAGCCACGAUCUCGACAUCAUCUCCAAUUGGGACUCUCCGCGCACUCCAAACCCUCCCACAGCUGUUCUAUGCCCACUCGUCCGGUGGCGUAUAUACCCCUUACAGCCCCGUUUUAAUCAUGGACAAGCCAAAGUGGUCUUACCGGGGCCUCAACCUUGACAUCUCCCGAAAUCCCAUUAGCCCGAGCGAUGUGAAAAGAACGAUCGAUGCCAUGGCAUCCGUGAAGUUGAGCCGACUUCAUAUCCACGCUACAGAUUCUCAGUCGUGGCCGUUGGAUAUCCCAUCAAUACCCUCGCUAGCAGCCAAGGGUGCAUAUCACCCGAGUCUUGUUUGGAGUGCCGCGAAUUUGCGGCGGGUGCAACGAUAUGGUCUGGAACGAGGUGUCUCUACAUUUAUCGAAAUCGACAUGCCAGGCCACACAGGGUCUAUUGGCCAUGCGUUUCCCAAUCUAACUGUUGCAUUCGGGAACGACCGCUGGGAAAAGUUUGCGGCAGAACCCCCUUGUGGUCAAAUCAAGCUAAACGAUUCCGCAGCUACAGAUUUCCUCGACACCGUCAUGGCGGAUAUUUUACCGCGAGUGUCUCCAUUUAGCAGGUACUUCCAUACAGGUGGAGACGAGUUCAAUCUCGAGAGCUAUCUGCUAGAAGACUCUAUCCGUUCGAAGGAUCCAGAAGUCAUCAAGCCACUUCUGCAAGCUAUCAUAACCCGUGUGCAUAGGAAGAUUAUGCACGCUGGCUUGACACCAAUUGUCUGGGAAGAGCUCGUUCUAGACUGGAACCUUACAUUUCCAUCCCCAGUUUCGGAGUCGCAGCGCGUCAUUGUACAGACCUGGCGAAACUCACUGGCGAUGAAAAAGGUGCUGGAGAAGGGCUACCGUGCGAUUUUCGGUUCAGGGGAUGUAUGGUAUCUUGAUUGCGGAUAUGGGGGCUUUAUCAACCCGCGGCACGGGUCCAAUGCGAUCAAGGAACCGUACCUUGACUGGUGCUCUCCGACCAAGAACUGGCGACACGUAUACAUGUACAACCCGCUGGCGGGUAUACCGCAGGAGCUACAUUCCUUGCUUGAAGGCGGCGAAACGCACAUGUGGGCAGAGAACGUGGAUCCUAUCAACAUGGAUCCCAUGAUCUGGCCUCGAGCGGCCUCUGCAGCGGAAGUCCUCUGGAGCGGGCCGCGGGUUCGAGACGACAUCAAGGGUGCAUCCUACCGGCUUGGAGAAUGGAGAGAGCGGGCGGUAAUCGACCUGGGUAUUGCUGCGAGCGUAGUGCAGAUGACGUAUUGCCUUAUGCGGGAGGGUAGCUGUGAGCUUUGA